CCUUUUGUUAAGAAAUCAUUAUUGAAAGCAAGAAAGAAAAAAAAUGGAACUAGAAUUGGGACUCAAAAUCACCAAAACUAGAGAUGACAUUGAUUCCAUAUCUGAGUAUCAAUUUAUGAAGGAUACAGGACCAGUCUUUAAAUCUAGAGAAACUAACACCAUGUUCAUCCUCACUGCACAUCUUAAAGGUUAUAAGAGGAAUAACAUUGACAUCAAUAUUAACAAAGAUGGUAAUAAGAUAUCAAUUAAAGGAAAGAAGCCAAUUCAAGAAAUGGUAAUGAUGGGAUGGGUAAUGCAAAAGAAAGUGGUUGAUGUUAAAGGCUUCAAUAAGGUUUUCAAAAUUCCUUAUGGUGUGAAUUUGGAUAAGAUCAAAGCAAAUUACAAUGAAGAAGAAUGGAUGUUAAAUAUUGUCAUGCCAAAAUUGGUGAAAGGGGUUUUUGGUCUUAAGAUUGAGGAAAUUAAGGAACAAGAAUUUGACAAAGGAAGAAGAGAACAUGGGAAAAGUGAUUUUGAUCAUGUUUCUAGUAGUGUUGGUGAGACAAGCCAAAAAGGUUCAAAAGAAUUUGAAUUUCAACAUAUGGAAGGAAGUGAUAAUAUUAUUGAGAAGAUGAUUGAUGAUACUAAGAAGGAAAUAAAUGAAGGGAGAAUACUAAAAGAAGUUGGUGAAUAUAAGUUAAGAAUUGAAGAUGGAAAUGGAGAGAGUGUGAGAGAAAAAGGUGGCAAGGAAGAAUAUGAAGUGAGUAAGAAAUUAGAAAUAGAUCAAAGUGUUGGUAUAUUUAUGUCAAAGGAAAUUGAAGAUACAAGUCAAGAUAAAGAGUUUGAGGAUCAAAAGUUGAAUAGUAGAAGUGUUGACAAAAGGCUUGAUGAUGUUAAUAGGGACUUAAUUGGAAGCACAAUUAAAAAAGAUAAUGAAGAAUCUAAGUUUAGGAUUAAGGAUAAUAGGGUAAAAGAUGCAAAUCAAAUAGGUUUUAAAGAGUCUAUGAUUCAACAAAGUGGAGAGUCAAAACAAAAUGAAUUUGGAGAACCAAAGUGUGAAAGUAAGGUUAGACUUAAAGAAAGUAUGGAAGAAAGUAGUAAGGAACCAUUUGAAGCAAUGAAGGUACCAAAACAUGAUGAAAAUAUAGUUGAUCAUAUUCCUAACAAUAUUGAUUCUAUAAACCAAACUCAAUUGAAAGAGGAAUAUGAAAAGCCACCUUUUGAAGCCUAUGAAGAUGUGCAAAAAACCAUGUUUGGAGAUAUCAUCCAAAAGGAAAUCAUAAAGCCUAACAAAGAAGGAUUUGGUGCAAAGAUAACUAUCAAUGAAGAGUUUCCUAAGAACUUACCUAAAAAUAACUAUGAGGAAAGUGAAGGAUUGAAUAAUCAAAAGAUGCAAGAAACCAAAAAUGAGAAAGAAGAAAUGGUAGGCAAAGAGGUUGAAUAUUUUUUGGAGAAGGGUCAAGGUGAAAGAUUGAAAGUGAUGCAUGAGGAAGCAAAGAAAGGCAAUAAUACAAAUGAGACAAUGAAAAAGGAAAUUGAAGAGAGUGAUAAUGGAAUCAAGGAAGGUGGUCAACAACAUGUCGCAAAGAUGAAAGAAAGUAAAGGUUGUAAUGUUGCUAAGGAGGAAGAACAAAAAGAGGUUAAGAAAGAAGCAUUAGUUGAAAAUGGAAGUUUAAUAGUGGAAGGAAAUGAAUCCAAGGAGAUAACAAAGGAAAUAGUCCAAGAUGGCGAAGAUAAAAUUGAAAAUGAUAUAGUGAAGUUGAAAGGAGAAGGAUCUACAAAGAUGCAUGUUGAACCAAAUGAGCCUUUUGAGGGAGAGAAUGUUAAUAAUGGAAUAUUUGAUGAAAGCGAAACAAAAAUGUUUCAUGCGAUUGAACAAACUAAAGAUGUCAAUGAAAAGGGUGCAAAUAUUGAACAUUCUAAGAAGAAGAUACAAAAUAAAGGUAUCCAAGAAAGUGUGGAAGAAAGUAGCAUGAAACCUUUUGAAGCCAAUGAAGAUGUUCAUAAGGACUUUGGAAAGCCUAAGAUGGAAAGUAAAGAUGGAAAUCAAGAAUCUGUAAGAGAAAAGCUUAAUAAAGAAGCAGUUGAAGGAGAGAUAAAUGAAGAGAUUCAAAAUUACUUGCCUAAAAUUACUAAUGAGCAAAAUAAAGGAUUGAAUGUUCAAAAGCGGCGAGAAAUCAAAGAUGUCAAAGAAAAUGUUGUCGAUGAAAAUGUUGUCAAAAGAAAGGGAAAAGGGAUUGAAUAUUUUGUGGAGAAUGGGGAAGGUGAUAGACUCAAAAACAUGCAUGUGAAUAAGGAAAGUGAACAUGAAAAGAGUGAACAUGGAAUUAAGGAAAGUGGUCAACAACAUGAGAAUACUGUAAAAGAAAUGUAUGAAGUAUCAAAGAGUGAGACUAAAGAGUUGCCGCGGCAGGUUGCAGAGAUUGAUGGAAGUAAAGAUUUUGAUGUUGCAAAAGAGGAAAAAAAAGACGAGGUUUUGAAUGAAGCAUUGGUUGAAAGUGAAAGUUUGAUGGAAAUGGUACAAGGAGAAGAAUCCAAUCCGAUGACAAAGGAAAUAGUCCAAGAUGAUGAAGAUAAAAUUGGAAUAUUUGAUGGAAGAAAAACAAAUAAGUUUCGAGAAAUGAAGCAAACUGAAGAUGUCAAGGAAAAGAAUGCGAAAAUUGGAAAGUUUGCGAAGACUGUGAAUGAGAAGAUACAAAAUGAAGAAGAUGAAGAUUUGAAGAAAAACACACCAAAAGAAAAAGAUCAAUGCUGUUUGCAAGAAGAUAUGAGUGAAGGAAGAUGCGAAUCAACCAAGUCUGGAAAAGAAGAUUUUUCAAUGAAAAUGUUAGAUUCACAAAUUGAUACAAGAGAAGGACCCAAGGAUAGAAAAAUGGAGAAAACUAAAGGUAUCAAAGAAGAGAGUGAAAAAGUAAAGAGGGAGAAAUAUAAAAAGUUAGAAGUUGAAGCAAAUGAACUUCAAGGGACUGAGAUUGAAACAAUUAGUCAGAUUUUGUUUGAAGAAUCCGUUGAAAACAAGUCAAAACCGAAAGAGAUAGGAACUCCUGAAAGAGAAUUUCAAUCAGUUGCAAGCACGGGAUUUAAGGAGUUUGAUUAUCGGAAUGCAAAGGAUAAGAAACAGAAUAUGACGAUGUCACCUCAAAAAUUUCAAAGCAAGGAGACACAUGAAUCAAAAGAUGAAAGUAUCAAUCAAGAUAUUCUAAAUCAAAAGAUUGCAAAAGAGGUUGAGACUAUCGAUGAUGAAGUUGUGAAAUCAUUAUCAACACCAAAGUUUCAAAUAACACAACAGUCUGAAGUUGAAGAAAAAGAUAAAUCAUGUGAAGGGAGCAAAGAAAAGUACAAAGUUUCCUUAGAAUCAAAAGGGCAAAAUCAUACAAAGGAUAUCCAAAAUUGUAUUGAAAUGAAGGAAAAUGAAGAGGCUAAACAAAAGGACACUUUCAAGCAAGAAAUGCCUCUAGAAAAAGGCGAAUUUCUAAAUGGGGAAACAAUGCAAGAGAAAGAAGCAGAACCCUUGGAAUCAAGCCUGAAGAAUGAUGUUGCAGAAAUGAAAACUAAAAGGCCUCUUGAACUAGAAAAGACUAUUGUGAAUUGGAAAUUUCCAAAGACAAAAGAUCAACAUGAUUAUGGAACUGAAGAGAUGAAAUUGCCGAAAAUUGCAGCAUGUCAAGAAGCUAAACCAUCAAAGUUACAACGGUCAAAGUGUAAUCAACAAUCCACAGAGAAAAUAAAAGCUAUUGGAGAACAUGAAGAAACAAAAGAUUCACCAAAGCUAAACAUUGUGGAAACUGCAAAAAUUGAUAGUUUGCAACCACAGUUCCUUGAUGUGCAAGAAAAUAUUUUGCAGAAAAAGGAAGAGCCAAAAGUUACAAAGAUUGAAGAGAAACAUGUUUCAACACUCCAAAGAGAGAUCAGAAAAACAACUCAAACCACAGAAGAAAAGGAGCUUAAAAUGAAGGAAAAAAUGACACCUUUUGAGAAGGUUAGUGGAUCCAAAAGGGUAGAAGAAAAAGUUCCUGACACUCCGAAUAGAGAACUUCAAAGAGAAAUUGAAGAAGUCGCGUCUAAAAUGGUGGAACCAUCAACUACAGUUGAAAAAACUCCAACUAAAAAAGGUGAAAGGAAAAAUCCUCAAGAAUUAACAGGGCCAAAUCUGAACUAUGAAAUUUCAAAGGUAGAAGAAGUACAAAAAGAAAAUGAGGUGGAAAGUCACAUUCCUGUACUAGUAAAAACCAUUUAUAAAGAAGAAGGAACAAAGGCUAAUGAAGUAGAAUCCUUGGAAGCAAGUUUGAACAAUGAUAAUUUACAACAUGAACAACAUGAGUUUGGAACAGAAGAGAUUAAAGAACCAAAAGAUGCAACAUAUCAAGAAGCAAAAACAUCAAAGUUACAAAGGCCAAAGAUUAAUGAACCAUCAACAGAUGAAAUAAGCAGAAAAUCAGAAGAAAAUAUUGAUAGUUUGCUGCCACUUCUCCUUAAUGAACAAGACGUACUUCAUGUGGAAGAGAAGAAUGAUAAGAAUGGAUUUCAUACACCGAAUAUUGUGGAAGAAGAAAGAGUUGUGAAGAAAAGGGAAGGACCAAUGGUUGCAAAGAAUGAAGAAACUAACAAUUCUUCAACACUCAAAAGAGUGAAUGGAAAACCAAAAACCAAAGAAGAAAAUAAACCUAAAAUGAAGGAAAUAACUACACAGUUUGAGAAGGCUAAUAGAUCAAAAAGUGUAGAAGAAAAAGUGCAUCGAACUCCAAAGAGAGAACAUCAAAGAGAAUUAGAAGAAGUAACUUCUAAAAUCAAAGUUGAAGCACAAACUACAGUUGAGAAAAAUACAAUAAAAGAAGUUGAAAGGAAAGAGCCUCUUGAAUUAACAAGUCUACCAAACAUGGUCAAUGAAAUUUUAAAGGUAGAAGAAAAGCAUCAAGAAAAAGAGGGGCAAAAGCACAUUCAAGUACUAGAAGCUACCGUCGCUAAAGGAAAAGACGACAGAGGUCACCAAUAUGUGCAAAAGAAUAAUAAGAAAGAAUUUCAAACACAAAAGACUUUAGAAGAUGAAAAAGUUGUGAAGGAAAUGGAAGAGGCAAAGGUUGCAAAGAGUGAAGAAAAUAAAGAUGAUUGCACAUUCAAAAGACAAGAUGGAAAAACUACACAAGCCUUAAAAUUUGACAAUGCUAGUAGUGAAUCCAAAAGGGUAGGAGAAAAAGUGCAUGAAACUUCAGAUAGAAAUCAUCAAAGAGAGUUAGAAGAAGCCACUUCUAAAAUGAGGGUGGAACAACCAACUAUAGUUGUAAAGACUCCAACAAACAUGGACAAUGAAAUUCCAAGGGUAGAAGAAUUUAGAAAAGAAGAGGUGGAAAGGCACAUUCAAGAACUAGAAGCAACCAUUUCUAAAGAAAAAGAUAUAAUUGAACAAAAAGAGGAUACAGGAAGCCAACAAAACUCUAUGGUACCAAAGAAUCUACCACCAAAAAGAGAUUUUGAUUCCAUGGAGGAUACUCCAACAUUAGAAGUAGUAGCUGAUAAAGUGGUUCAACAAUUAGAGGUUUCUAGCACAUCAUGCACUAAACAAUUUGAAGUUGAAGGAGAAGAAAAAGCAAAAAGAAUGGAACCUAAAAUAGAUGUCCAUGAUUCAAAAAAAUGUAAAAGAGGCCAAGAUAUUGAACAAUGCAUAAACAAUGAUGAGGAAGCAAAACAAGGAAUAGAAGAAAUUAAAGAUGAAGAAAAAGACUAUGAGCAAGUGUUUGAGGAAAAAAAAGAAGGUGAAGAUGAAAAAAGAGGAGGGAAAAAGGAUAAUGCAAAAAUAUCAAAGGAAUUUUUUGUUCCAUUGGUAAUAGCAGGAUCAGCAAUACUUGUCACUUUAAUAGCUAUCUUUGUUCGCAAUAGAAGAGCUAGAAAAAGGUAA